AUGGUCGGCCAGCUCGCCGCCUCGCUGCCGCCUGCCGCCGGCGCCGUCCCGGCCGCCACAGUUGCCGCGAUGCCGACGAGCAACGAGGAGUGGCCCGAGGCGUUUGGCUUCCAGCUGGGCGGCACGGGCCCGUGCUACGUGCUGGCGGUGGAGGACGGCAGCAGCGCGCACGCGGCCGGGCUGCGGCCCGGCGACCAGCUGCUGGAGCUGGAGGGGCGGCCGGUGGAUGAGAUCCUUGGAGACCAGCCAGAGGUAAAGGAGAAGGUUUUCACCGUCCUGAAGCAGUAUGCAGCAGAGAGGAAGGUAGAAUACUUGGCUUAUGCCCUCUGCAUGGUUCUCACCCAAGAGUCCCACCAGCUUCUUAUUGACAAUAUCAGGAUCUUCAUCCCCAAGAAGCACCGGCAGCGCUUCGACGAGGUUGUGUCGCAGAGCCUCAUCAGCAAGCUGUGCCGCUCCAAGGGCGAGCAGCAGAGCCACCGGCUGCGCCGCAGCCGCAGCGAGGACCACCACGAGCGGCUGCUCGUGUCCACCCGCGCCAGCUCCGUGCCCCGCAGCCACGAGGAGGCCGCCAAGAGCCUGCGCAAAUCCACCUCCCUCGUCACCAGCAAUGUGGCCUCGGGGGCCGCGCGCAGAACCGUGCGCGUUUACAAAGGCAACAAGAGCUUCGGCUUCACGCUGCGCGGACAUGCCCCGGUGUGGAUCGAGUCCGUGCUGCCAGGAAGCCCAGCCGAGAAGGCGGCCCUCAAAGCUGGAGAUCGGAUCUUAUUUCUCAAUGGUCUGGACAUGAGGAGCUGCUCCCACGACAAGGUGGUGUCGAUGCUGCAGGGCAGCGGGGCGAUGCCCACCUUGGUGGUGGAGGAAGGGAUCGUCAACUUCUCAAACGACUCUGACUCUGCCGACUCCCCGAGCGCCUCCUCCGCCCUCACCUCCCUGCAGUGGGUUGCAGAGAUACUUCCCUCUAGCAUCAAGAUUCAAGGAAGGACCUUCAACCAGCAGCUGGAACAUCUGCUCACCCCACCUGAGCGCUAUGCCAUCUGCAAAGCACUGGAAGGCUUCUUUCAACAUCGGAAUAUUGACACUCUUAUUGUGGAUGUUUACCCGGUGCUGGACACACCAGCCAAGCAAGUGAUCUGGCAGUUUAUCUACCAGCUGCUGACCUAUGAAGAGCAGGAGCACUGCCAGCAAAAGAUUGCCAGGUUUCUGGGUUACAAGUCCUUGGCAGCGGAGCCCGAAGGCGAGGAGCGUCCCCGCAGCGCUGCCCGCGCCGCCUCCCUGUGCCGCGGGAGCCUCCGCACCCCGCGCCCCGAGGACGGCGCCGCAGCAGGUCAGAGCGACACGGUGGAGGUGCCAGUGCGGCUGAUCCCUGCGGAGAGACAAGCUGGAGAUGGCACGUCCCUCCCCGAAAUGCCCAACCCCAAAAUGAUGUCGGCUGUCUAUGCAGAAUUAGAGAACCGCCUCAUUGGCAGCUUUGCUGGGAAGAUGAGCAAUGCUGCUCUGCACAGAGCUUCGCCUCCUGCCCCGGAGCAACCGCGGGCUGCAGGCGCUCGCAAGUCGGGGAUGUCCAUCUCGUGGCACAGCGACCGCCGGCCCUCGCAGCAGUGCUACUACCAGCUGCAGAGCAGCGUGGCGUCGCCGAGCAGCACCGAGUCCAACCCCUACGUGAGCCUGGACAGCAGCCCGGCGCCGUCGCCCCAGCACGGCGACUACUCGCUCAGCCCCCUGUCACGACGGAGGAAGCUCUUCACCUUCUCGCGCCCGCCGCGCAGCCGCGACACCGAUCGCUUCCUGGACGCCCUCAGCGAGCAGCUGGGCCACAGGGUCACCAUCGUGGACGAUUUCCUCACCCCUGAGAACGACUACGAGGAGAUGAGCUUCCACGACGACCAGGCCAGCUAUGUGACCAACGACGCGAGCAGCACGAGCGAGUACGUGAGCAGCAGCGACGAGGGCAGCUCGCUGACGUACUCCACGCUGUCGGACCACAUCCCGCCGCCGCCGCUCAGCCCGCCGCCGCCGCCGCCCCCGCUGCACUUCCACGACCCCCCGCCCGGCCCCGCCAAGGCCGAGCUCCCCAAGAGCAGCCCGGCGCCGGUGCCCAAGCCCCUCGGGAGCCACCUGCACCCCAUCCCGCCGCCGCCGCCGCCACCGCCGCCGCUGCCCUGCGCGCCGCCCCUGCACCGCGGGCUGCUGCACCGCAGGGCCGACUCCAACCACAUGAGCGUCAAGAGGCUGCGCUGGGAGCAGGUGGAGAACUCGGAAGGGACCAUCUGGGGACAGCUUGGAGAAGACUCGGAUUAUGACAAGCUGAGUGAUAUGGUCAAAUACCUUGACCUGGAGCUGCACUUUGGAACGCAGAAGCCCACAAAACCAACUCUCAUGCCUGAGUCCUUUAAAAAGAAAGAUGUGGUUGAAAUUUUGUCCCACAAAAAGGCCUACAACACAUCCAUCCUCAUCGCCCACCUCAAGCUCUCGCAUGUGGAGCUGCGCCAGAUCCUCAUGACGAUGGAGACGGACCGCCUGGAGCCUUCCCACAUCAAGCAGCUCUUGCUCUACGCCCCUGACGGCGAAGAGGUCCAGCGGUACCAGAACUACAAGGACAACCCCAGCAAGCUGAGUGAGCCAGACCAGUUCGUGUUACAGAUGUUAUCGGUACCAGAAUACAAGAUCCGCCUGCGCAGUCUGCAUUUUAAGAGCACCCUGCAGGAGAAGACAGAGGAGAUCAAAGCUAGCUACGAGUGCAUCUGCAAGGCCUCUCUGGAGCUGAAAAGCAGCAAGAAGCUGGCGAAAAUCCUGGAGUUUGUGCUGGCCAUGGGAAACUACCUGAACAACGGGCAGCCCAAGACUGGCAAAACAACAGGCUUUAAGAUCAACUUUCUCACCGAGCUGAACACAACCAAGACUGUCGAUGGGAAAUCCACCUUCCUGCACAUUCUUGCCAAAUCGCUUAGCCAACACUUCCCAGAGCUCCUGGGAUUUGCCAAGGACCUUCCCACAGUGCCGCUCGCCGCCAAAGUGAACCAGAGAACACUAACAGCAGACCUUAACGACCUCCACGCCACCGUGGGGGACAUUCAGAUGGCCUGCCGCAACAUGCCAGCCACCGCGGAGGACAGAUUCGCCAUCGUGAUGACUUCCUUUCUGGAGAGCGCGCAGCCGGCCAUGCGGUCUCUGGACGAUCUGCAGCACAAGGCCAUGGAAGACUUCAGCAAGGUGCUCUCCUUCUUCGGGGAAGACUCUAAAGUGACAACUUCGGAAGCUUUCUUCGGCAUUUUUGCAGAAUUCAUGAGCAAGUUUGAGCGGGCGCUCAGCGACGUGCAGGUCGGCGAAUGCCAGCGCAGCCCCAGGGUCACCUCGCCCCUCGCCUGGUGACGGGCCUGCCGCCACGGGAGGUGCAGCCACCCAUUGCCAACAAAGUGCAAUUUGCUCCCGUUGAAUCGGGUUGUAAAUACGCUGCUGUCGCCUGCUAGCACCACGCAGAGCCGAGGACCACGGGGACGGGGCGGCCUGGACGCUGCAAAGGCACCAUGGCUGGAUGCUGGAUGAGGCACAGCCGCGUGGUCUCCAUGACAUCCCGGGCAUCCUCCAUCCCCACACCUUCCUGCAUCAUGGAUAGCAGACACAAGUGGAUAAAUCCCGAGCUCCCACACUCCCAGAACACACCCAACUGGCACCAGCAACCCCUGGAGACCGUUCCCUACUCCCAUAGUCCCGCGUGGCUCUGCACGGAGCCUGCCCUUCCUCGCAGACCUCUCCCCUUCCUCCUCCUGCUUCCAAGCCGCCUCGGGGCUGGCAGCUGCUGCAUGCGGCCGGGUGAAGGGCUGGAGUUUUACUGACCUUAAUGGCUACUGGAGAGGGCAGGAGGUAGCCCAGAGGUUUUAAUCCAUGGCUAGAGUCAGCCAGGGACACUGGAAAGAACAGGCACCUUCCAGAAACCUUUGUGGCAUAUCUGCAUGCUCAUACAUACAGACCCAGUCCCAUUUUAGGGAGUUGCUUUAGAGAACAAGGAAUUCCCCAUGUCCGUCCUUUGCUUUUAGAUGUGGCAGCGACUGACAGCCCCUGAAACCUCACAGAGCAUUUACGAUGGUUGUGCCAGGAGCCAUAAACCCCUGCGAAACGGGGGCCGUGCUG